AUGCUGAUUUGGAUCGAUGAGCGUGACGCACCCGCUACAGCGGAAGAUGUGGAUGCAACCAUAUACGCAGAAAUUCCGGACAGAACAACGCAUCCGAAACUGUACAAAAUCGUCAUGGCUCACAUGAUUCACGGUCCAUGUGGGUUAAGCAACAAAGCGUCUCCUUGCAUGGACAGCGGCCAAUGCUCAAAAUCUUUCCCAAAGCCACACAGCCAAGAGACCAUCGUCAACGACAACGGUUAUCCCACUUAUAGACGAAGAGAUACGGGAGUUGUACAUUACUUGAAGCGAGGACAGACAGGUUUCAAAGUGGACAAUAGAUGGGUAGUUUCCUAUAAUCCUUGGUUGUUGCUCAAGUUUGAUUCCCACAUCAAUCUCGAAUAUUGCGCUUCCAUUGUCAGUGUCAAGUUCAUCUUUAAGUACGUCUACAAAGGGUAUGACUGCCUGAAAAUGGAUCAAAAAGUUGGAACAUAUCAGCUCAUAGACGGCGACGAACCGAGGGUGGAGUGGGACGAAAUAACAUCACAUCUUGAUGCGCGGUACGUCAGCGCCCCAGAAGCCUGUUGGCGAAUAUUUAAGUUUCCCAUUUCCGAUCGUUCGCACGCCAUCUAUCGCCUGGCCGUCUAUUUGCCGCGAGAACAGCGCGUCUUUUUCCAACUGGGAAACGAAAUGCAAGCCGCGAUCAAUGCCGCCUCGAGAGAUACCAAUCUGACUGCUUACUUCAAAUUGAAUCACAUCGACGAAGACGCACGUCAAUAUUUCUACAGAGAAAUACCUCACCACUACGUUUUCGUUAAGAAAACCAGUUCGUGGAAAGCUCGGGCGAAAAGGGCGAAGAUAAUCGGCCGCCUAUACACGGUUGGCGUCCGGCAAGUGGAAAGGUAUUGCCUUCGGCUGCUUCUCAUCAACGUCAAGGGCGCAACGAGCUUCGGAGAUCUGCGAACCAUCGACCAAGUUCUCCAUCCUACAUUCAAAGCUGCAGCAAUAGCACUGAAUUUGUUGGAAGACGACCUCGCUUGGGUUAGAGCCAUGGAAGAAGCGGCUACAUUUCAAAUGCCUCUUCAGCUUAGACAACUCUUUGUCGACAUUUGCAUCUUCUGCAAUCCCUCUGACGCUCUGCAUCUCUUUGAAACCAACCUGAACCAUCUGAUGGAAGACUUCAUACGAAGUGGAUUCGAAAUCAACGUGGCCAAGCACUUGACGUUUAAAUGGAUUCAGGACAAGCUACGUCUCCACAAUCAGACGAUGGAAGAUUUUUCCUUGCCUAUCCCUGAUUUCCAUCUGCGAAGCCAACUAGCCGAUGAUCAGAUAGGAGAUAACAACGCAAAUACUCAAAGAGAAAAGAGAUUGAUUGGCGAACGUAUGCUGGCCCAACUCAACGACGGUCAACGCGCGGCCUUUGAUCAAAUCAUGACUGCCGUUAACGAUGUCAACAACUUACAUCCGAGACAGUAUUUCCUGGAUGGUCCUGGAGGAACGGUAAAGACUUUUCUCUACAACACCCUCAUAACCGUUCAACAAGGCGAAGGAAAACAUGUCAUCGCAGUGGCUUCCACAGGGAUCGCGUCGACUUUGGUGCUAGACGGGUCAACUUACCAUUCUCAGUUCAAGAUUUACCCUCCAAUAACAGAGACGACAAGAUUGAAAAUCGAAGAAGGAAGCUACAGUGCGCAAAUGAUUAGGAACGCCAGUCUCAUAAUUUCUGACGAAGCUACAAUGAAAACCAGCCACGCUCUCGACGCGAUCAAUCAUCUAUUCCAAACUGUAACGAAGAAUAGGGUAGAUCCCUACGGUGGUAAAGUUCUUUUACUCGGCGGGGAUUUUAGACAGUGCUUGCCCGUUGUCAGACACGGAAACAGAGUCAAAGUCACGGAAGCAGCCAUCAUCAACAACACGACAUGGAAUCUUUUCCGACAGCUUCGAGCUAUCUUAUGCCCCAAGAACGAAGAUUGUCUCAGAAUCAACGACAACAUUAUAGGAGAGAUGCCUGGUACGCUGAAAGUCUGCAAGAGUAUUGACACCAUCGAUUCAGAGGACCCAGAAGAAAUUUCCAACUACCCUCCGGAAAUUUUGAACACCUUCAACGUGUCUGGGUUACCUCCGCACCAACUCAAACUGAAAAUAGGAGCUAUCGCCCUUCUUCUAAAGAACAUUGACUCGCGACAGGGACUUUGCAACGACAGGAGGCUCAUCAUCAAGGAUCUCUGCGAUAACUUGAUUAGGUUACAGUUCCCUGUGCUUGUGGCUUUUGCCAUGACCAUCAACAAGUCGCAGGGACAGACCUUCGAGCGAGUUGGCAUUUACCUUCCGAAAGCCGUUUUCACCCACGAGCAGCUAUACGUUGCCUUCUCCCGAGCGACGUCAAGAGAAGGUGUCAAGGUUCAAUGCGAAGAAACUGAGAAACAAGGUACCUCAAACCUGCACAUAUUAGCAUUCAAAAGGAACCACCGUCCUCAACAAACAGUGUUGAACUUUGUCAACCCAUUUCAGGUGAACGAGCUCUGCACUUCCACUUCAGUUCUCCUUCAACAGGUGUUGGUGAAGUAUUACUUGAGUUGCAUUUUGCACAUUUCUCAGGCCCACUUCAUUUGCAACUUUGAAAGUGAAGUAAUACGCAAGGAUGGAUUGUUGUCCGAUCAAAAGAUAUGCCAGGUAUUAAGAUACACAGGUGCCUCAUUGAAGCGGGCAUUCAACAAAUUCCGCCACACUAAACCAACUGCGCUCGACUUUUUCAAUAUCUUCCAGGCGAAAGAGCUCGAACGCGUUUACAACCAGAUAUUGAGGUUCAACAAGUACUACUAUUCUCAACCUAUGGUGUGCAACUUUUUCGACACAUUUCAGAUGAGGCAUUCGUUGAUUUGCAUUCUGCAAAUUUCACUGGCCAAGUUCAUUUGCAACAUUGAAAGUGAAGAUCUACGCCAGAAUGGACUGCUGAUCGACUACAAGAAACAACAAACUCACAGGUGUCAAGAAUUCAACAAGUCACGUUUCAUUUCAAGCUUUCAGUAG